AUGACUCCAAGCAGUACGACUCAACCCAAGAAGGCCCCUGCCAAGCGUGGACGGGCUGCGGCAGUCUUUGACAGAAACCACGAGUUCCUACUGCACUGCAUUACUCAGUCAAAUGUCCGAAUCGACUAUGCUGCCGUUGGCGAAUGUGAGGGCAUCUCGGAGAAACAGGCCCGACGGCGCUUCUAUCGGCUGAAGGCGCAAAUAAGUAGCCAUGAGAAUGAUACAGAGGCCGAGAAGCAGGGUCAGAAGGAUAAGGGUAUCCAGGAUGGAAACGAUGCCAAGGAGAACAGCUAA